CCAGUUCCCGUGAUCCUGAACUUUGAUGCGGAGUGCCAGAGGACCAACCAGGUUCAAGAAGAAAAUGAAGUUCUGCGCCAGAAGCUUUUUGCGUUGCAAGCCGAAAUCCACCCACUGAAGAAAGAGGAGCAACAGCCAGACGAGGAAGAGGCCCUGGUCCAACACAAAUUACCUCCUUAUGUCUGCAACAUGGACCGCCUGGGGGACUCGGAACUAGCCAUGGUGUGCAGCCAGAGGAACGCUUCCCUCUCCCGGUCUCCUCGUGUGGGCUUCCUGGCCUCACUGCUGCCUCAGAGUAAGAAGAGCCCCUCAAGGUUGUUGCCUUACCCAGUAUCAAAUGACCUCAUAGCUACUGAGAUGUCAUUCUCCUUGUGUAGAGCAACGAAGGGAAAGGACCCAGCGUGUGGGCCCAAGGUUGGAAAGGGUCUCUUCAGCGGACUGGCCACCGGGGAGUCCAGCUGGUCGCAGCACCGGCAGUGGUGCCUGCAGGAUCACAGAAAGGAGAGGAAGGAGCUUCUCUCUACUUUGCAGUGUGCGAAGAAGAAGCCUGAAGCUAGUGGCCCAGAGGGAGAGCCCUGCCCAGAGCUCCACGUGGAGGCCCUGGAGACGCUGACGUGGGCUUCCACAGCAGGCCCUGAGGGCAGAGGGGUCCGUCUCAAGCAGCAGUUCAUCAUGCUGGGGCAGGAGGAGUAUGGAGAGCACCACUCCUCCAUCAUGCACUGCAGAGUGGACUGCUCAGGGUGGAGGGUCGCCAUUGUAGACGGGGUCAUCAAAGUGGGGUCCUUCAGCCCCAUCAUGCAGACCAAACUGUCGUCCAUUUCCAAGUCACCGCUGCUCUCUCUCGAGUGGGCCGCCAAGCGGGACAGGCUGCUCUUGCUGGGCAGUGGUGUGGGGACAGUGCGCCUUUAUGACACGGAAGCCAAGAAGAAUCUCUGUGAAAUCACUGUCAACGACGAUAUGCCCAGAAUCCUGUCUCUCGCCUGCAGCCCCACCGGGGCCUCUUUCGUCUGUUCAGCUGCAGCUCCGAGCCUCGCUUCUCAGGUGGACUUCUCGGCACCAGACAUCGGCAGCAAGAGCACUAACCAGGUUCCUGGCAAGCUGCUGCUGUGGAACACGAAAACCAUGAAGCAGCAGCUCCAGUUCUCCCUGGAUCCGGAGCCCAUUGCUGUCAACUGCAUGGCCUUCAAUCACAACGGGAACCUGCUGAUCACAGGGGCGGCUGACGGCGUCACCCGGCUGUUUGUGAAAGAAGCUGCUUGUGGGGCUCAGAGGCAGCCUGGCCUCUUCGGCAAGCAUCAGCCCUGUGACACCUGUCGGGUCCUGGAGGCCCUCUGCCUCCAGAACAGCUCCCACCCACUGGGCAGAGGGCGAGGGGUGCCUCCUGUCCUGGGCUGA